AUGGACAAAUUCAAGCUUUGUCUUUUCUUUUCUACUCUUCACCUCGUAUUCUCCACGGAGUUGUCCUUCCGUCUUCAAGAAGAAGUUCCCAGUGGAACUGUAGUUGCUUCCGGCUCCGCACUUGCUCCUCUUCUUGUAAAUCCUGACACCCUCCCUGUCAUAAUAAACAGGAAAUCACCCGGAGCCUCAAGUUUCAGCUUUGUUAAGCGAGUCCACUCUGGACUGGAACUAGUUGUUGCAGGUCGAGUCGACCGCGAGGCGAUAUGCUCUUCGAAAGGUGCUUCCAUAGGAGGGCUUCAGCAGGACUCUUCUCCACGCCAUUCAUUCCACAUCGAGGAGACCGGCAGACUACCACUAUUUCGUCCCACAUUUCACGGUUACGAUACACUGACUUCUCAUUCCCAACAGUCAGAUUGCACUGUUGCUCUUCGUGUGGCAAGCAGUGAUAAAAUAUUCAAUAUCAAAAUAGAUAUCCUUGACAUAAAUGACAAUGCUCCAACAUGGAAUUCCUCAGUACUUCAUUUGUCCCUGCGAGAUGAAGACCCACCAGGAACGGUUCUUUACCUUCCUCUUGCCGAAGACCACGACAUUGGCAUUAAUGGUGAGAUAACCUACAGCCUUCAGGCUAGUGAUGAUGACAAUGAUAGUGGGUUCUCUGGCGGACAUCGCCACAGUGGUUCACAGCUUGGACUGUUUGAACUGAUCAAGCAUUCAGAGAGUGCCUCCUCCUACAGAACCUCAGGGAUUAUGCCGUCACAGCAGCCUAAUGACCAGAAACUGGCACUAAGAACAAAAACCUUGAUCGAUCGUGAACAGCUUCCAGAGACAAUCCGACUUCUACUCGUCGCAAGAGAUGCUGGCACACCUACUCCAAAACAAAGCACCCUAAAAUUGGUAAUAAAUAUAACUGAUGUCAACGAUAACACUCCGAUGUUCGAGAGGCCCGUCUAUAAGGUGGACACUCUUUCGGAGGAUACUCCUGUCGGAAGGAGCCUGCUUCAGCUUAACGCAAAGGAUAUGGACAGUGGACCGAACGCUGAACUAACCUAUCGAUUUGAAGAUGAUGGUCAACCCAUGUUAGAUGUUAUUCGUCACUUCUUUGAAAUUACCCCAAGCGGGCAGCUGAAGGUUCUCCGUCGUUUGAAUGUGGACAAAAUUGACGGCGAAAAAAACUUACCCAGCUCUUCUCCAAUCACUUUUGGGGUGGAAGCCGUCGACGGAGCCAGUCCAGCCUAUGCCCUUACUGGAAGAACCACGAUUCAACUACAGGUGAGUGACACAAACGACGAGGCACCAAGAAUCCAGGUGUACCCAGUUCAUCCACCAAAGGAACGUCAGGCUGGAGCCUUGAACUCAAUUGAAACGACUGCCCAGGAAAAUGGUAGCGCGGAACAACUACUAGCAUUGGUAGAAGUUAUCGAUCCCGACGUAGAAGGAUUGGAUACAGUUGAGUGUCACCUCAAGGGUAGUGUUGCGGAAUAUUUCCAGUUAACCUCAACACCUUCUGGAAACGGGAAAGGGGAAUACUCGCUCAUGACUAACGCACGCCUGGAUCGGGAAAUUACUCCACGCCUUGAGGUCUCCAUAAUCUGUCAGGACUCUGCAGAUCACGUAAGCCGGCAGGAUGUUGGAGUCAAUCUGGUGGACGUUAACGAUAAUGCUCCCAAAUUCGACAGAAGUGCUUAUGAAUUUUUUAUCGAAGAAAACGAUGGAGAAGCUGAAAUCGACGAUUCAAUGGCUCCUCUCAACGAUAAACGACCAGUUCGAGGUCAAGAUGGGGAGAAUGGAGUGCGUGCAUGGGACGUGGACGCCGGUGAAAACUCGAGGAUUUCCUACCACCUAGAGCCUGAUCCACGCGACCAAGCAUCUGUGUCCUACUUUUCCAUUGAUCAAAACACAGGAGCAUUGUUUGCUGUUGUCCCGUUGGACAGGGAAUCAAAAAGUUGGCACAAAUUCAUUGUAAUCGCUUCAGACCAUGGAGACCCACCACUGUCCGCAAGUGCGGAAGUGCUGGUACACGUGGAGAAUUUGAAUGACAAUGUACCUCAAUUUGUCGGUCAAUUGGUUCCGGAGGCUGGAUAUUCCUUCUCGAUUGACGAGAACGAGUCCCUCGGGCGUUUCGUGGGUCAGGUGACGGCUGUCGACGCAGAUGACGAAGAGACUGCGGAUGGACGCGACGGUCUGGGUUGGAUCCGCACGGAGAUCUACAGGACGCCGGGCGGUCGAAAAGGCCAGACCUCGUCUACUCGGCUUAUUUAUACUCUGGGAAAUGAAAAAGAUGCGGCCGCCUUCCGGAUUGACAAAUAUUCAGGAAACAUCACUACGGGAGAUCGCCUUGAUCGUGAAAAGCAGAGCACUUACACAUUUCGCGUGUUCGUGAGCGAUGGCCUUCUGCCCGAGGCCUCGGUUGAAUCCUCCCUCAAUCAACGAUGGGCUCCUCCAAAAAGCCGCGUACACACCAUGGCCACGUCCGUAGUGGUCAAUGUGAGGGACCAGAAUGACAAUCUGCCCAAAUUUGUACAGCCGAAUGCCAGCAACCAUCUCAUUCUACUCGAUCCAACUACCACACCAGGGCGCUCCCUAAUGCGGAUUAUCGCCACCGAUCCAGAUGAGGGCGAGAACGGUAAGGUGACGUAUUCCAUUGUUGAUGGCAAUGCCGGUGGCAUCUUCUUCGUGGCCCCGAUUGAAGGCCUGCUCUACCUGAACGGCCAGAUCCCCCGGCACACCAUCGAGAAGGCCAUCUACGCCUCGGCCACCACAGCCGACGCCAGGCCCCACGGCGUCGUCGCUCAGGAUGACAAGAAGCCCGAGCCUGGGUGGCAGUCCGACGCCGCGACCAAGGCCUCCAAAGCCGACGGCGGCGACAUUCCAGCGCGCCCCACCUACGUCCUUAAGUUGGAGGCCUGCGAUUCGGGUACCCCGAAACAAUGCUCCUACUUCCCCAACCUCCAAAUACAGCUUCGUGUUCCAUCGGAGCAUAACGGCGGCCUAUCAAUGGCCGGCUACCCCGAUCACAUGGGGUUUGCCCCAAACGAAAAAGGCGGCCGAUUUUACUGGGGUCGGAAUUCCAUUGUGGAGCAGGUUAUCAUUGGACUGACGGUCUUCUUCGCCGUGGUUGUUCUCGCUGCUCUCCUCAUCGUCUUUCUAAUGCGGGGUGAUAAAACAGCCGAGAAAAUUAAACAGACACCGGCUGUGGGACCAAUCAGUGAACCGGAACUCCAUCGACCCUUGCAAUGCCGGUCGGAGGAGUACCUCAACAGCGGCUCAUCGGGUCGACUGAACGUCGAGGGGACCUUCGUUGAGGCUCAACACGGUGUGCGUGUCCUCCCAACGGCCCCCUUUUCCCCAGUCCCACAUGCGAUGGUUGAUUUUUCGAUUUAUCGAGACGGCUAUCACCUGGGCAACCAGCUUUUGUAUCCCCAUCCGCAGUCCAUACAGCAGCCGGCGAGCUAUGGCAUCCUCGGUCCGACGUCUCUCAUUAACACUCGACCCACAAUGGGCACGGUUGCACAACAAGCGCACUACAGACAAGAUGAACCUGUCUACCUCAGCGCGGAGCCCCAACACCAGACCUCUCCACCCGCGCACAUGCUGCAGCAUUCAGUUUCAAUGUCACCCGCCCAAGCAGAGGUGACUAAUUAUGACUACCAGUCGUUAGACCCGACGGCGAGUCGCUGCCCAAACAUGUCCUCUGGCUGCGAGGCUUACUACCAGGCAAAUCAAUUAGGCGGUUUUGCGGACCCCCGCUACCACUCCAGCGCCACCACCUCCUGGCCACGAAACCAGAGAACCCUUCCCCCAGUGUCCGACUUCCAAGACGCUGACGCUGAGGACAACGAAGACGGGGGCAGUGGGAGUCUAGAGCUCAUGAAGAAAUCAUUCCCCGAGGAAGUUGCUACAACCACACCUCCAUCCCCCCUCAAAACCGGUACUUCUGCUGUCGUGCGUUCUAGAACUCUCAACUUCCCAAAAGCCACCUUUGUUUAA